CACCAUCCACAACCCACGUAACACCCACUAACGCCUCCCUCCGCCCCAAUACCACCCGCUCAGAAAAAAUGGUACAAUUCCACGAGAACAUAAUUACAGACCUUCUGGAAGACCCUCAAGGUGGCUUAGUAAUCCUCUCCGCCGGGCUUGGUCUCCACAAGCUAAUUGCCGCCCUCCUCCACCUCCACCACCCAUCUCAAGGCUCGCUCUUAAUCCUAUCCGCCUUCCCGUCCCAGAAAACCUCCAUCAUCCAAAAUUAUGAGAAUACCCUUUCCUCUUCACAAACCCCGUCCGAAAUCACCUCCGACCUCCCAGCCCACCAUCGCCUCUCCCUCUACUCCUCCGGCGGCAUCUUUUUCAUCACCACUAGGAUUCUUAUCGUUGACCUGCUCGCCCGCCGUCUUCCUACCACCGCCGUCGCUGGAAUUAUACUCCUGAAUGCCCAUUCUCUCUCUGAUACUUCCACUGAGGCCUUUAUUGUUAGGAUUCUUCGGUCUUCAAACCGAGCCCUCUUCGUUCGGGCCUUCUCCGACCGGCCCCAUGCCAUGGUUUCGGGCUUUGCUAAAGCUGAACGGACACUUAAGUGUCUUUUCCUCAGAAAACUCCACCUCUGGCCCAGGUUUCAGGUGUAUGUUUCACAAGAUUUGGAGAGGAAUCCACCUGAAGUUGUGGACAUAAGGGUGCCGAUGUCACCCUACAUGAUUGGGAUUCAGAAGGCAGUGAUUGAGGUGAUGGAUGCAUGUCUGAAGGAAAUGAGGAAAACUAACAAAGUUGAUGUGGAGGAUUUGACGGUGGAGAAUGGGUUGUUCAAGUCAUUCGAUGAGAUAGUAAGAAGGCAAUUGGACCCUAUUUGGCAUACGUUAGGGAAAAAAACAAAACAGCUUGUUUCAGAUUUGAAGACGUUGAGGAAACUUUUGGAUUACCUUGUCAGGUAUGAUGCUGUGACUUAUUUGAAAUAUCUAGAUUCACUCAGAGCAUCAGAGAGUUUUCGGUCAGUUUGGAUAUUUGCGGAAUCUAGCUACAAGAUUUUUGAUUUGGCAAAAAAGCGGGUUUUUCGUUUUGGGAGGUUAGAUGGUGGGAAAUAUGUUGGGCAAAGUAAGACUACAGCAACCAAGAAGAGAAAGCUAGAAGACAGCAACAGCGAGAAAGAAGUAGUGGGAGCAAGUGCAGAUAAUGGUGCUGUUUUACAGGAAGUCCUGGAGGAGCCACCAAAAUGGAAGGUGUUGCUUGACAUACUUCAAGAGAUACAAGAAGAAAGACAGAGGAAAUCUUUGUCUGGGGAGGAGCUAAUUACAGAAGAUUGUGCGUAUGAUAAUGGAAUUGUUUUAGUAGCAUGCAAAGAUGAGCACUCUUGUAUGCAGCUUGAGGAUUGCAUCAAUAAGGGCUCCCACAAGGUUAUGCAGGAGGAAUGGAAAAAAUAUUUGCUUAGCAAAGUAGAGCUGCGCGCUUUACCAAAAUGCAAUAAAAAGAAAGCAAAAGAACCUAAAGGUUUUGGAAUACUUGAUGGAGUCAUUCCUUCAGCAUCUGGACAAAAAGCGGAGAUUAGUAGCAUAAGCAGGCUGGAGCAUGAGGCGCUGCUAGCAGCAGCAUCUGAAAUUAAUAAACAAACCGAAAAGAAUAAUGCUGCUGAGGAUGAACUUCAAACAUGCGAGGGUAGUGAAGGACACAAGAGAGCAAGACGGAAAGGAAAGAACAAGAAAACAUUAGUAAAGCCUGGUAAAAGUGACAAGAAGUCUGCAAGAAAGAGUAAAUCUGAAGCAUGUUCUUCUGAAGAUGAUGACCAAAAAAAUCAAUGCACUUCAACAGCUGCUGGUGGUUUAAUUGAACAGCCUAAUGAAGUUACAUCUUCCAAGAAAUGGUUGCUUCAAAAGCAUUGUCAAGGGUUUGAUGCUGAACAGCCGAUUAAAAAUAAGCAGUUUCCACCAGUGCAUUUCCAUCCCUUAGAUACUGAUCAGCAUAUACUUGACAUUUUGCAGCCAUCUGUCAUUGUUGUAUACCAUCCUGACAUGGUUUUUGUCAGACAGAUUGAAAUAUAUAAAGCUGAAAAUCCCUCAAAAGUAAUAAAAGUGUAUUUUCUUUUCUAUGAGGAAUCUACUGAGGUGCAAAAGUUUGAGGCAAGUAUACGUAGAGAGAAUGGAGCAUUUGAAUCCCUUAUUAGGCAGAAAUCAAUGAUGAUGAUUCCUGUUGAUCAUGAUAUAUCUCUAGCGCUGGAUUCUUCUGCUGAGCCUCAGUCUAUAAUUGCCCAAAAUUUGAUUACUCGAAAGGCAGGUGGAAGAAAGGAAGUUGAUAAGGAAACUCAGGUUAUAGUGGAUAUGAGGGAAUUCAUGAGCAGCCUCCCCAAUGUAUUGCACCAAAAAGGCAUGCGCAUAGUCCCUGUGACACUGGAAGUUGGAGAUUAUAUCCUGUCACCCUUGAUAUGUGUUGAAAGAAAAAGCAUACAAGAUCUUUUUGGUAGUUUUGCAUCUGGUCGUCUUUACCACCAGGUGGAAAUGAUGGCCCGCUAUUACCGGAUUCCAGUUCUACUGAUUGAGUUUUCACAAGACAAAAGCUUUUCAUUUCAGUCUGCUAGUGAUAUUGGUGAUGAUGUUACGCCAAAUAACAUCAUAUCUAAGCUGUCUUUGCUUGCUCUCCAUUUCCCUCGUCUUCGCAUUGUCUGGUCUCGCAGUUUGCAUGCUACUGCAGAGAUAUUUGCUUCUUUGAAGGCAAAUCAGGAUGAACCUGAUGAGGCCAAAGCAAUUAGAGUUGGUGUACCGUCAGAAGAGGGUAUUGUGGAAAAUGAUGUCAGAGCUGAGAAUUACAAUACGGCAGCAGUGGAGUUCCUGAGGCGGCUCCCAGGUGUGACAGAUUCCAACUACAGAGCUAUAAUGGAUGCUUGUAAUAGCUUGGCAGAACUUGCCCUUGUUCCGGUGGAGAGGCUAGUGGAUUUAAUGGGAGGUCACAAAGCUGCUAAAUCAUUGAGAGAUUUUCUAGAUGCUAAAUAUCCAACCUUGAUCUAAGGCGAUGUUCGAUUUAACUGUCUGUAAUACUGAGUCAAUAAUCAAGCGGGAACUAUUGUUUUUCAUUCUUCUCAACUCAUGUAAUUCAUUCAUUCUUGAAGAUAUUGCUUUACAUUGUAACUUGGAAUGCAGGGAUCUUACCUUCAAUGAGAUUUGCUUUCUGCUGUA